AAAAAAAAAAAAAGCAUUUUAUCAAUUAACAUAAACCCUAAAAAAACAAAACAUUAGCUCCAUCACAAAUCACAAAGCCGCUACCGCACCGAACACAACUCACCGGCAAACACAGCCUGAGUCCAUCGUCAGCCUCCAGAAACGGUAUAUAUUAACGAUGGCACAAGAAGCUGGUAUGUUCACGGUUCAUCAAACAAUUGGCAGUGUUUUGUGUUGCAAAUGUGGGAUUCCUAUGCAGCCAAACGCAGCCAAUAUGUGUGUCAAGUGUUUGCGCUCUGAAGUUGAUAUUACGGAAGGGCUACUGAAGCGUCUGGUGCUUGUUCAUUGCCCUGAGUGCGAAAGUUACUUGCAGCCACCAAGAACUUGGGUCAAACUACAAUUAGAAACAAGGGAGCUGCUGACAUUUUGCUUGAAAAAAUUGCAGAAGAAUAUGAAUGUCAAUAGAGUUAAGUUGGUAAAUGCUGAAUUUAUUUGGACAGAGCCGCAUUCCAAGAGGGUUAAAGUCAAGGUCAGUGUUCAGAAGGAGGUUUAUAAUGGAGCGAUUCUUGAACAGUCUUACCUUGUUGAGUAUGUUCAACAGGAUCACAUGUGUGAAUCUUGUUCCAGGGUGCAGGCUAACCCUGAUCAGUGGGUUGCUGCUGUGCAACUCAGGCAACAUGUCUCUCACAGGCGUACUUUCUUUUAUUUGGAGCAGCUGAUUCUGAAGCAUGGUGCUGCUGCUAGAUCUGUUAGAAUUAAACAGAUGGAUCAUGGUAUUGACUUCUAUUUCACGAAACGGAGUCACGGUAACAGCUUUUUGGAAUUUAUAGGGAAAGUAGCUCCUGUAAAAAGUCGUAGUGAUAAGCAACUUGUUUCUCACGAUUCAAAGAGUAAUAACUACAAUUACAAGUACACAUUUUCUGUUGAAAUCAGCCCCAUUUGUCGUGAGGAUAUAAUUUGUCUGCCUGCUAAAGCUGCUGGAACUUUGGGAAAUAUUGGUCCUAUUGUGAUUUGCACCAAGGUUACUAACAGUAUUGCUUUGCUUGAUCCACUUACCUUGAAGUAUGGUUUCUUAGAUGCUGAUCAGUAUUGGAGGACAUCCUUCAAGUCUUUACUUACUAGCAGACAGUUAGUGGAAUAUAUAGUAUUGGAUAUCGAGGUUGUUUCAUCUAGGUUUGGUCCAUCUGAGGUUACUAUGGGUGGCACAAAAUAUGUUUUAGCUGAUGCUCAAGUGGCUCGUGUGUCAGAUUUUGGAAAUAAUGACACAAUAUUUUUUGUCAGAACUCAUUUGGGCCAUCUUUUGAAGCCUGGUGAUUAUGCUCUUGGUUAUGACUUGUAUGGGGCUAAUAGUAAUGACUUUGAGUUGGACAAGUACAAAGGACAUAUUCCCGAAGUGAUUUUAAUAAAGAAGAGUUAUGAAGAGAAACGUCAGAGGAAACGUGGGAGGUCUCGUCCAUGGAAGCUUAAAUCACUUCCCAUGGAGGUUGAUGAUAGAGUUGAUCAAGAUAAGUUGAACUCGGAAUAUGAACAAUUCUUGAAAGAUAUUGAAGAAGACCCUGAACUGCGGUUCAACAUAUCGUUGUACAGAAAUACCGACUAUCAGCCAUCAGAGGUGGCAUCUGUUACUGAUGAAUUAGGGAUACCUUCUGUUCCUUUGGAUGAGUUGCUGGCUGAUCUUGAUCUGAGUGAGGAUGAAGAUGAGGAGGAUAACAUGGCAGAAUAAGCAAAAAUUACUUCUAUUCCGAAAUAGAAAUUUAUAUAUUGAUGUCAAGGGUACGCGUUUUAUGUUUAUGUUGUGUUAAUUUUCAGUAUUUGUUGAUGCUUUUAUUUACUGCAAGAACGAGAGGAUGGUUGUUUUUCAGAUGAUAUAGGAAGAGUUAUAAUUGUGUUCACUGUUUUUCAGAUACAUAUAAUUAUAACAGAUUUAAUGAUUGCAUAAACGACGUGCAGAUUAUGUGUUUUAA